AGAUCACACAUUAAAAUCAGUUCAAAAGACCACAAUGAGAUACACAACUCGUACAUCCACGAUCUUGUUCACAACCUCCAGUCGCUAACGGGUUAAACGUCAUUUGGUAGUAGUAAGUGGGUGGUGGGAGCCGAGGAUGAAGCGAAGCCUGUGUAGCAACCACAGAUCUGUUUUUUUCCACGACAAAAGCGGCGUUACACCCAAGAACAGAGGGAACGCAUCCUUUACUUCAACGCACAGGUCUGAGUCCCAGAGGACGAAAACGAGAAGUUAUCGACCUGCUAUCACUAGCGAUGUUUGGACCUUUCACCGGACGGAUGUAGGCUAUAGAGUCUCCGCAGAUUUUCAUUGUUCGUGCCUUUUUAUACAUUGCACAUAUACAGCGACAGCGUGAGGAUGUCUCUUCUACCCGAAAUUUGUCGUUUCAUGUGCAAUGUGCACCCAGUGAACUCAGUGUACAUGCAUGCACCGGUGCUGUCUCAGCACACAGACGUCGCCGUUUCUGGUUUUGCUACUAGCGGACUACUGUAACACGUAGGAGGAUUUCUGAUCAUUGCAACAGAAGCAUUUCAAAUGAUGGCGGUAGUUGGGCUAAUUUACUUGGACUGCUACUGGUGCGUUAAGCUGCAAGCAGUAUAGACUACUCACUGGGUCUCUGAGAGUAAAGAUGUUUGCAAACUUGCUGGCUUUAUCUCAUCAGCGGUGCGAUAACCUAUGGUCAGACAGUCUGAGCUCUUCGGGAGGUUUCUUCUCUAUCUCUCAGCUGGACUUCAGUGCAUGUAUAGCACAAUGAUCCCAUCGUGUAGCUUCUCGCUUAUUCAGCAGUUCCCACCACAGAGCAGCCUAGUCAGUGGUCUCUGUCAGCGUCUGUCAGCAUGGGAUGUUGGGUUGGGAUCGAGCAAACUGGUGGCACUAUGAUAAUUUGGACGACCCUGAAUGUAGGUUUGUGGUCGCAACGCGAGAUCAAGAUAAGUGUUAUGCUGUUAUUUUUCACACUGACUCUAACAGAACCAUUGGCUACAGAAAAUUAGCGAAUACCAUCUGAUUUUGCUUGUUAAAUUAUGUUAAAAGCAUCCAAACCUCCGCAAAUCACUUGGGUUCCGUGUUAAAUUGUCAAAUCGUCCUGGUUCGCUCAAAACCACGCGAGAGUGGGCCCUCGUCUCGCCCGGUCACCUGGAAACCACAAGACAGGUGGGAGCCCGGACACCAGGGCGUCAUGGAUGAUUCUGGGAUCAUCCGAAGACGGAGGCUGCAGAAGGAUCUACCUCUGCCCCGAAAAAGUAGCAGUUGCAGAACCAGUAACCGGAAAAGCCUUAUCCUGACCAGUACGUCCCCCACCCUGCCACGACCGCACUCUCCACUGCCUGGACACAUAGGGAGCAGUCCGUUGGACAGCCCGCGCAACUUUUCGCCAAGUGGACCUGCCCACUUCUCUUUCGCCUCUUCUCGAAGGGCUGAUGGACGUAGAUGGUCUUUGGCUUCUCUGCCGUCCUCAGGUUAUGGCACCAACACCCCAAGCUCAACAUCAUCAAGCUCAUCCCAGGAGCGUCUGCACCAGCUGCCCUUCCAGCCAACCAUGGAUGAGCUGCACUUCCUAUCCAAGCACUUUGGCAGCACAGAAAGCAUCACAGAUGAUGACGGGGGGCGGCGCUCACCACAUGUCCGGCCUCGUUCGCGAAGCCUCAGCCCGGGACGCUCUCCAUCCUGCUAUGACAAUGAAAUAGUGAUGAUGAACCAUGUCUACAAGGAGCGCUUCCCCAAGGCCACAGCUCAGAUGGAGGAGAGGCUGGCAGAGUUCAUCCAGAAUUACACCCCAGAAAGUGUUCUCCCGCUGGCUGAUGGGGUCCUUAGUUUCAUCCACCACCAGGUAGCUGAGCUGGCCAGGGACUGCCUGACCAAAUCACGUGAGGGACUCAUUACCAGUGUUUACUUCUGUGAGCUGCAGGACAACCUGGAGAAGCUGCUGCAUGAUGCGUAUGAGCGCUCAGAGAGUUCUGAGCUCACCUUUGUCAUUGAGCUCGUCAAGAAGCUCUUUAUCAUCAUAUCUCGUCCCGCCAGGCUGCUGGAAUGUUUGGAGUUCAACCCAGAAGAGUUUUAUCACCUGCUGGAGGCAGCAGAGGACCAUGCCAAGGAGGGACAACUGAUGAAGGCAGACAUCCCUCGAUAUAUCAUCAGUCAGCUUGGCCUUACCAGAGACCCACUGGAGGAAAUUGUGGGUCUUGACAGCUAUGACAGUGAAGGUCCACAUACCCCAGAGACGGAUGACUCAGCAGAGGGAAAGGGGAGAUCCAUCAAGCCACCGAGUGAAGAAGACUUUCAGAGCAUCAAACUCAUCAGCAAUGGAGCUUAUGGUGCCGUCUACCUGGUGCGCCACAGGGAGACACGUCAGCGUUUUGCCAUGAAAAAGAUCAACAAGCAGAACCUGAUACUGAGGAACCAGAUCCAGCAAGCGUUUGUGGAGAGAGACAUCCUCACCUUCGCAGAGAACCCUUUUGUUGUUUCUAUGUUCUGCUCUUUCGAAACGCGACGACACCUUUGCAUGGUCAUGGAAUAUGUUGAAGGUGGUGACUGUGCCACUUUGCUGAAGAAUAUCGGGGCCCUGCCCGUAGAGCUGGCAAGAAUGUACUUUGCUGAAACAGUAUUAGCUCUGGAAUACCUGCACAACUAUGGUAUCGUCCAUAGAGACCUCAAGCCUGACAAUCUCCUCAUUACCUCCAUGGGCCACAUCAAACUCACAGACUUCGGCUUGUCAAAAAUGGGUUUAAUGAGCCUCACCACCAACCUGUAUGAAGGACACAUAGAGAAAGAUGCCAGGGAGUUUCUGGACAAGCAGGUCUGUGGUACUCCAGAGUACAUUGCUCCAGAGGUGAUUCUCCGUCAAGGCUACGGGAAGCCAGUGGAUUGGUGGGCUAUGGGCAUCAUCCUCUAUGAGUUCUUGGUGGGCUGUGUGCCAUUCUUUGGAGACACACCUGAGGAGUUGUUUGGACAGGUCAUCACAGAUGAUAUAGUCUGGCCAAAUGAUGAUGAAGCCUUACCUGCAGAUGCCCAAUCCCUCAUCUCUGCUCUGCUACAGACCAACCCCCUAGUGAGGCUGGGUACAGGUGGAGCAUUUGAGGUGAAGCAGCAUUCAUUCUUUACUGAGCUGGACUGGAACAGCCUGCUGAGACAGAAGGCAGAGUUCAUCCCUCAUUUGGAAUCGGAGGAGGACACCAGUUACUUUGAUACCCGCUCAGAUCGUUACCACCACAUCAAUACCUAUGACGAGGAUGACACCAAUGACGAUGAGCCGGUGGAGAUCAGACAGUUCUCCUCCUGCUCUCCCCGUUUCAGCAAGGUGUACAGCAGCAUGGAGCAUCUCUCUCAGCUGGAGCAGAAAGCUACGACCUCCGUGUCCCGUCGUGAGCACAAGGGUUCACGGGAAGACAAGGUGACCAAGAGGGAGAGCCUGGGCAGCUUCAGCAUGAGGGACAAGAGCUGGAGGACCGGAUCCCCUGAGAUGAAGCGGCUGUCCUGUUCAGAGUCACUCUACAUGGAAGGAGAUGCAAGCCCUCCUCUUGGUGCUCGUCGACGCUUCUCUGCACUGAUGGACACACAUCGGUUUGCUUCACCUAUAGAGGGUGAGCCAGACUUCCUGUCACGACAGAACUCCAUGAAAGUUCGUGGAACAUCACUGGACGGAACCACAGUCCCUUCACUGAGCCUCCUGGAGCAGAGGACCAGUCUGAGGGAGGUCAAUGGAGCAGACAAAUCUCCUAGACCAGGUGAGACACCAGGUAUUACCACAGCCAUCACCACAUUAUCCCCGGGUCCUGUAACAGCCAGUCGUGAUGUGAUGACUCCACUGUAUGACCCUCUGGGACCCCGAGCCACCAAUGACCUGGUGCUACGUAGGGCACGCCAUCAGCAUUUGUCUGGUGAUGGAGAGAAACGCAAUUCCAGGCCAGGCAACAAGGUCAUUAAGUCAGCAUCUGCCACAGCCCUGUCUGUUAUCAUACCAUCAGUGGAGCAGCAUGGCGGUUUCUCUCCACUGGCCAGUCCUAUGUCUCCCCACUCUUUCUCUUCAAACCCCUCAUCUCGUGACUCUUCGCCAAGUAGAGACUUCUUCCCUGCAGUCAGUGUGCUGCGCUCACCCAUCACCAUCCAUCGCUCUGGAAAGAAGUAUGGCUUCACUCUCAGGGCCAUCAGGGUCUACAUUGGAGACAGCGAUAUCUACAGCGUGCAUCACAUUGUUUGGCAUGUGGAGGAUGGCGGCCCCGCCCAGGAAGCUGGCCUGUGUGCUGGUGAUCUCAUCACUCAUGUCAAUGGGGAGCCUGUCCACGGUCUAGUCCACACUGAAGUGGUAGAGCUCAUCCUUAAGAGUGGCAACAAGGUGACUGUGACAACCACACCGUUUGAGAACACCUCUAUUAAAGUGGGUCCUGCCCGUAAGGCCAGCUACAAGUGUAAGAUGGCCCGACGAAACAAGAGGACGAUGGGCAAGGACAGCCAGGAGAGUAAGAAGCGUAGCUCCUUGUUCCGUAAGAUCACAAAACAGUCCAACCUUCUCCACACCAGCCGCAGCCUAUCCUCUUUGAAUCGCUCUCUGUCCUCCAGUGAGAGUCUUCCUGGCUCUCCAACUCACAACCUAUCUGCACGGUCUCCUACUCAGGGCUACCGCUCCACCCCUGAGCCCUCGUACCUGGGUGCUUCUUCCCAGAGCAGCUCUCCGGCCUCCAGCACCCCAAACUCCCCUGCUCCAUCUCAGCACAUGAGGCCCAGCUCCCUGCAUGGCCUCUCACCAAAACUUCACCGCCAGUAUCGCUCUGCCCGUUGUAAGUCUGCUGGUAACAUCCCCCUGUCCCCGCUGGCUCACACACCCUCACCAACCCAGUCUUCCCCACCACCCUUGCCAGGCCACACAGUAGGGAGCUCCAACACUACCCAGUCCUUCCCUGUCAAGCUUCACUCCUCACCCCCAGUGGUCCGUCCAAGGCCCAAGAGUGCAGAGCCCCCACGGUCACCUCUUCUUAAACGGGUACAAUCAGCAGAGAAGCUGGGCUCACCUCUGACCCAGUCCAGUUCUACAGGAGGACUGGGAGGUCCGUUGAGGAAGCACAGCCUCGAGGCACAGCACUCAGAGUACAGAAAGGAUGCCUUCCUCUGUGAGCUUGGGCUCCAGAGCCUGCUGGAGACAGAAGGGGAAAAUUUGCCUCCUAAUCCCCCGCCCCUUCCCUCGUCUUCAACUUCCCCAGAGACAGGUGUGCUGAAGCCUGUGAGGAGACUAGGGAGACAGGAGUCACCACUUAGCAGGGAAACACUUCUGGCUGGAAGGGAGAGGGAAGAGAGGGAGAGAGGAAGGGAGAGGGAGAAAGAGAGGGAGAAAGAGGUUGGGCUAAGUCGAGCCUCACAGUCAUCCUUAGCAAGAAAGCCUCACUCAAGUGACCUGCCAUUGAACUCACAAAGCUCCAAGCUAAGUACAGAAACCACUAAAGUUGCAACAUCUACCAAAACAACAGGAGGUGCAGGUGGUCAGACAGGACCUGAGAAGAUCUUGCAAAGUCAGGCAGACAUACCGCCAAAACAACUGGACCCCAAGGCUGCCAAGAGUAUGUUAUCUCACAGUAAAGAUCCCCAGGAGCAGCAACUAGCAGGCAGACCUGACCAAAAGCAGGAAACAAACAGCAAAAAUAGGUCUGGAUUACCUGGUGCUGCAUUCACCAAAAGCUGUGCUCCUGCUCCAGAUAAAUCCACUGCCAUCAACACAGGGGUGACAGGAGGUUCUCUGAGCAUGAACAGAACUUUUAAACCAUCAGGUAUGGGGGAUAGCACGAGAAAGGCUGACAUGAGUGACUCAAGAACUCCAGACCUCGGCUCCAAAAGCCCCAAACUCUCAGCUCGUGUCCUUGCUCCUGUCGUUCCCCCACAUGGACAGCCGCUUUUACUGGGCAAGGUGAGACAGGCCCUUGGCCCUGUCAACUGCUACCGGGGAACCCUUGACUGGGAGGACAAAUGUCGCCUGGAGGUGGUGGAGGAGCAUUCGCCCUCCCCCUCGCCAUCCCCGACCGGGGUUACCCCCUCCCUCUGCGGACCUUCUCUCUGUAAGUCACGGCCUGUUUCCCCUGGCGAGAAGACAAGUUUUGUCAGCCAGCUGACUACUGUGGCUAAAAAUGUGCUCGGGCCAAUCAAGCUUGGCUCUCAGGAGGGGGCCAAGAGCAAAGACCAACAGACUAAAGUAACAGAGGAGAAGUUGGGAGGCACAGCGGGAAAGUGUGACACCCCCAAUGGAGGUCGAGUAGCUGUUGGGGCUGCAGUGGUGACCCAAAGUCCAGUCUGUUCACCACUAGAGAAAGCUGCACCAAGUAGCAGUCUGCCGAAAAUGUGACCCCAUAUGCCAAAAAAUAUGCCUUUUUUGGAUGAACAAUGCCACUUAAGACAAGCACUUAAAACAAUGUACAUUCCAGUUUCAGAGUAUAUGAAUUGUUAUUUAUUGAACUCAAUCUAACUCUAAACCAGGACUAAAACUCUAUGAUAAAGGUGUGUUUACUGUUGAUUUUCUAUUAUAAAUAAUUUAAUAAGAAAAUUCUUGAUGUAACGUGAAUCACUUUUAUCAGAUAAAUACAUAUAUAUAUAUGUGUGGGUCUAUGUGAACGCAUGUCACAUGGUAUGUACUGUACAUGUAUAAUAGGUACAAGAAGGUCAAAAGUGCUUUACUGAUCAAAACAUGCUGAAUACUGUGAAUAUCAAAUCCAGUCACUCAAUUUUGUCUUUCAUCCAACUCUUUGUUACUUAACUGCUUAUCAGUGAAGACAAUGAAACAGUCAAAUCGUAAUAUUUGCAUUAGUAACACGUUAAUACACACAGCAUUUUGAGUUUUGACAGCAGUGAGUAAGCAACAACACGAUUAAGCUUAUAUGUUUGUCAUGCAGCAGUUUAGUUUCUCUGAGUGGCUAGACAAAGCCAACGCAGGCACUCAGUGGAUGUCAAAUCAAUACUGUCUAGCUCUGUUGCAGCUGAUUGUGUGCAUGCGUGCUCGCGUGCAUGCGUAUGUGCGUGCGGGUGUGUGCACAUGUGCUUUUAGCCACUCUGGGUCUAUUUCUGAUGGUUCUUGAAGGCUGUGUCCUACUGCAGAGGAAACCAGGGCCGACAGGCUCAGGCUCAGCGCAUAUCUCCUCUUUGCAGGAGGGCUACCACAGCCCCCUCUUUUUUUCGUCCUCCGCCUCCAGUGACAUUCACAAAUACUCACAUUGCCACAGAAGGCACUGGUGUCAGCAACUGAUUUUCAUGCAUUUAAAUCCCAAAUUCCAUGGUCCACGAAUUAGGACACAAGUGUGUUUGUGAGCGAGUGACUUUAUAAGUCAGUGAGAAUCUGCUGCCUCUUCUCUGUUAACCCAGCAAGGGCCAUGUCAGAAAUAAGCAAUUAAGGUCCAGUUUCAAGAAGGAAAUCCUGAAUCACUCUGGCACAAUGAAUUGCUUAUGUGUGUAUAGGACAAGAGCAUAUAAUAAGCUCAUACAAUGAAUAGCUGGGUUGUUUUCAGCCAAAACUGGAAGAGCAGGCAGACAUGGAUGUAGCAUACCAUAAUUUAUUUGUUAAGGGCUCUAUACCUAUGAUAGGCCUUGAGCAUAUCAAAAUGGAAUAACACAAUGAAUUUGUUAUUGCUAACAAGGUUAUCUACUGUGUAAUCAGAUUGACUGUGUAGUUAGGAAGCUACUACAAGUUAGGUAGUCCAGAUUGAGUAAUGUAAUGCCCACGUUUCUGUGUUACAUACUGAUAAAGUUGUUGUUCACAGGAUGUUGACCAUAAUCAUUUUCUUACUGUUCAUACAUGAGUGACUAUCCAGUGUACAUAAUCUUAUGCAAAUCAUCUACAACAGUACGCAGGGACGACUGUCACUGUUCUGCUACAAGUUCUUUUAUAGUCUUAAAAGAAAGGUGGAUUUUAAUGUGUUGUUAAAUAUAUACAUUUUCUUAUCCCAGGUUUUACAAACAUAAAAGGCAAUGCAAUGCAGCUAAUAACAACAUGCACAAAUGACAUCAAGGCAGAAGUGUAAUUUUAAGUACAUAUCUCAGUUUCAAGCAGGUGGUUUAGUCUCCACAACGUAUUAACCUUGCUAGAUAUUUAAAUUUGUUCUAGAUUAGUCAGUAUAGUUUUUCCAGAACUGGCAGAAUUAUUCCAUUUGUCUGGUAAAACAAAACAAUGAGCUGCAAGUACUGAAAAAAAAAUGCUGCACAGAGCUAUAACCUGGAAAUCUGAUUUUGGCUAUACUGGUGAUAUAAAAUUCUUUCUCACAUGAUGUGUCAUUAUAUGAAAUUAUAUCCCAUGUAGUACAUGAAUUACCUUUCUUGGCUUUCUUUUAUUUAUACAACAUAGUACUCUACUGCCCUCUAGUGGUUCACAAUAUCCGGUAACAUGUUGAACCUUCAUUAAUAAUCUGUAUGAUGAAAAUUUCUCUAAUGAGGCUGACUUACAACAGAAUGGAUGUUAUUAGCCUUGGGGUUACUGAAUAUGCAUUUAUGAGUCUUAUGUCAAGACAUUUGCAGUAUGAAAUCAAGUGAACACUUGAAACACGAAUUAUUAUUUCUCUAUUGUGUUCACGUGACUGUUAAUUAUAUAUUUGGGAAUAGGGAUUACAUUUUUAAAUACACUCUCUUAUAUAUUAUACUGACAGAAAUUACUCAUUUUAUAUCCUGAUGUGAUGAAGGAAGUUUAAUCGCCUGAUAAAUAAAACUGUACUCUUAUACAUCUAUGACAUCCACUUUUAGGCCUUUUCUCAGUGGUGUCUCUACUAGUGUUACAUGUCUGAUGAAUUGUUUUUUUCUUUUUGUGAUUGACAGAGAGAGUAGUAUAUAUGCACUUUAAAAAUUUGCUGGUAUUGUUUGUAAGUUAGUAAUAACUAUCCUGUGUAAAGAUAUGGAUUCUGCAGAUGAACACAAAAGUCUAAGUAUAGAAAACAUUCCACAUUUCUCUUUUCACUGAGAGUGUAUUUAGUUGUAUCACUGGGGCAUUUUUUGUUUGUGAUAGAUGUGAUACAAAUGCAGACACCUGAAGUGCAGUAUGUGGAAUAAAAUUCAAUUUGUUCCAAA